GGCCCGCUCCCCACGCGCCGGUGGCGGCGGCGGCGGCGGCGACGUGUCCCGGCCAUGGCCUCGCUCCUCAAGGUGGAUCAGGAAGUGAAGCUCAAGGUGGAUUCCUUCCGCGAGCGGAUCACCAGCGAGGCGGAGGACUUGGUGGCCAACUUCUUCCCCAAGAAGCUGCUGGAACUGGACAGUUUCCUGAAGGAACCUAUCUUGAACAUUCAUGACUUAACGCAAAUCCACUCGGACAUGAACCUUCCCGUCCCCGACCCCAUUCUCCUCACCAACAGCCACGACGGCCUGGAUGGUCCCAACUUGAAGAAGAGGAAGCUGGAUGAGUGUGAGGAGGCCUUCCAGGCAGGGACCAAGGUGUUUGUGAUGCCCAACGGGAUGCUGAAAAGCAACCAGCAGCUGGUGGACAUCAUUGAGAAAGUGAAGCCAGAGAUCCGGCUUCUCAUCGAGAAAUGCAACACGGUCAAAAUGUGGGUGCAGCUUCUGAUCCCCAGGAUAGAGGAUGGAAACAACUUCGGGGUGUCGAUUCAGGAGGAGACCGUGGCCGAGCUGCGGACUGUGGAGAGCGAGGCAGCUUCCUACCUGGACCAGAUUUCUAGAUACUACAUUACAAGAGCAAAGUUGGUUUCCAAAAUCGCCAAGUACCCCCACGUGGAAGACUAUCGCCGCACCGUGACGGAGAUCGACGAGAAGGAGUAUAUCAGUCUGCGGCUCAUCAUCUCCGAGCUGCGGAACCAAUACGUUACGUUACACGACAUGAUCCUUAAAAAUAUCGAGAAGAUCAAGAGACCGCGGAGCAGCAACGCGGAGACGCUGUACUGAGCUUGGGGCCGGUCCUCGGAGGGCGGGAGGGGCUCCCUUCACCCCCUCCCCAUCCCCGGCCCGGUUUGUUACGAGACUAUCGACGGGACGCUGGUCGCAGCCCUCCCUCCCUCACCCCCUUCCCUCAGACCCGGUUUUAGUUCCUUUGAGUCUAAUGAAGAUCUCGCCUACUUCGGUGCUGUGUCCCUUCUCAUUUCCCCACGACCCCGGGGCUCGGAGCCAGGGUUGGGUGGGGGUUUCGGCUCUGGGCGUGAGGUGGGGAAACAGGGCCUAGGCUAGGGUUUGGUUGGGGGCGGCUCCCCGCGCCCCCAGUCUCCUUUCCUCUGGGGGAAGUCAAAGCAGGAAGCUUAGUGGCUUGGAGGGGGGUGGGGGUUAUCAAAUUGGCCCCUCCCACCACUGCCCCCCAGCUCCUUCCAGUGCCAGCUCCCAAAUCAGCAAAGAGCUGGGGUGGGGGCGGGGGGAUGAUCAUCCCGUACCUCCCCCCCCCCCCCCCCCUCCCAGCCCCCCAUCUAUAUUUAUAGUGUUUCCCUGGGGCGGGGGGCUGCCAGGAGUCCCCAUCCCAUCGCUUCCCCCCGACCCCGGCCUGCCGGUGUCCUCCUCUCCACACCCAGUCUGGCUGGGUUGCCCUGCCACAAGACGGGAGGGAGGGAGGGAAGGGCCGGGAAUUCUCGCGCGCACACGUACACACACGCCAGGGAUUAGUGUGACCCCUCUCUUCCCUCUGCCCCCGCCACACUGUGAGGUCGUGGCCCCUUCCCCCUUGCUUUGAGGGAGGGUCUCUGCGCCCGCCCUCCCUCUCCUCGCCCCCCCCGGCAGUAAUGUAACUUUCUUUUACUGUGUCAUGAAAUUAUUAAAAUACAGGAACUUUGA